GAGAGAGAGGCAGCGACAGAGACAUGGAACAAGCGCAUUUGGCAGCACACCGAGCGUGCCCCACUUGAUCCUUGAUACGAGUUGAUUUCCUUAUCGGAUUCCCAUCACCCUUUAUUGUCCUUACCGCCAUUGUAUCGGAUAUCCUAUCCUUGUUGUUUGUUCCCAAGGAGAAUUUAUGGGGAGCUGCAGGCUGCUCAUACUGCAUGACACUGCAUCGCGUACACACCGAUGCUGAUUUUGCCUGGCGUGUGUGUGGCAUCUUUGAUGGGUUGGAAUCAUGCUUGCUCAAAAGCAGAGAGAUGAACUACAUCACGCCAUCGCCGACUAUCUGAACAGCUGCGGUUAUCAAGAAGCUCUGGAGGCCUUUCGCCGGGCCACUGAUCUGGGUGAUAGUGAGAGCGAUCAUAAGUAUAAUGGACUACUCGAGAAGAAAUGGACCUCCAUCGUCAGGCUGCAGAAGAAGAACAUGGAGCUGGAGAGUAAACUGCAGGAGUUAGAGCGGGAAGUGCGGCACGGUGCUCCCACGCGGGAGCAGCGCAAACCCGAGGACUGGGUGCCGCGCGGCCCCGAACUGCACUGCCUUACCGGACACCGGGCUUCCGUACUGCGGGUGAUCUUCCAUCCCAAAUACAGUAUCCUGGCCUCGGCCUCCGAGGAUGCCACGAUUAAGAUAUGGGAUUAUGAGUCGGGUGAGUAUGAGCGGACACUCAAGGGCCAUACGGACACUGUCCAGGACAUCUCCUUCGACGCCACGGGCGACCGCCUCGCAUCGUGCUCGGCGGAUAUGAGCAUCAAGCUGUGGGACAUGACGACGUACGCCUGCAUCCGCACGCUGUACGGCCACGACCACAACGUCAGCUGUGUGGUGUUCAUGCCCUCCGGCGACCAUCUGAUGUCGUCCUCCCGCGACAAGACCAUCAAAAUGUGGGAAGUGGCCAGCGGGCACUGCGUUAAGACCAUCACCGGCCACGCCGACUGGGUGCGGAAGAUCGCCCUGACGACGGACGGGAAGCUGGUGGCCAGCUGUUCUAACGAUCAGACGGUGCGGGUGUUUAUGGUGGAGACGCGGGAGUGUAAAGUGGAAUUCCACGGACACGAGCACGUGGUGGAGUGUCUGGCCUGGGCGCCGCUCUCCUCAUCGGCCCAUAUUCUGGAAGCGGCCGGAGCAGAUAAUAAAGCGAGCAGAACGGGUCCUUUCCUCCUAUCCGGUGGACGUGAUAAAAUGUUAAGGUUAUGGGAUGUCGGCGCGGGGACGUGUUUAUUUGUUCUGAGCGGCCACGAUAACUGGGUGCGCGGCGUGGUAUUCCAUCCGUACGGGAAGUACAUUGUCAGUGCGUCGGAUGAUAAAAGCAUCAGAAUCUGGGAUAUUAAAAACAAACGUUGCCAUAAAACGCUGGAUGCUCAUGAUCACUUUUGCACUACUGUUGAUUUUCAUAGAUCGAAUCCGUACGUUAUAACGGGGAGUGUGGAUCAGUCAGUGAAGGUGUGGGAAUGUCGUUGAUGCGGAUUUCAGGCGGUUGUCGGUUCGCUCUCGGGUGCCGUUUUAGAGUUUUUUUAGCAAAAUGUUUGUGCGGUUGUUUUUUCUACUGAAUUUACAUGUGGUUUUUUUCUUCUUUUUUUUACAAAGGGAGCUUAUCUGCUAUAUUUAUUACUACUGUUAUUUGCUGCGCGGCUGGCCAGUUGGUGUGUGCGUUCUGUUCUUAACUGCGAAAACCGGGAGAUCCGGCGAAUUUCUCCCGGGAAAGAUUUCUUUCGUUUUUGUUCGGCACGUUGCAGUUGGUGACUGGUUUGUGUCAAAUUCACACACUGAGAAGAGCUAGUUUAUCUGGUUGUGGUUGAAAUAAAUUAUUUGGUUUUCUCA